CAUUGUCAAAAUGGUGUUCAGAGAAGCAAUUCUACAAGAAAAAUCUGAAUGCGUUGAAUUCCUUCUUGACUGUGGGGUUUCUGCAGUGGAAGAUCUUGACAUGUUGGAACUGUACCAAAAGACGAACAAAGGCCUGCAGAAGAAUGUGUCAGAAAUAUUCCACAAGAGCAAGAAAGAAUAUGACCUGAAACGAAUAAUGGAUUUCAUCUCAGAAGACAAAGAGGAUACUCCAAACAGGUGCACAUUCGUGAAAGAGUUGUGCAAGAAAGCGCAUAACCGAAAGAAAACAAAGACGGACCUAUUCAAGGAGGAACACGAAACCAUUGCCUAUUCAGAACAGCAACAGAAGAGAGACUACAGGAAGGAGCUCAUUUCACAACUGGAACAGGUCCAGCUAGAGGUUGACCUUUCAGAGAUACAUCGAAACAUUCACAAAAAAUACGCAGAUUUCAAAGGGAAGACAGAAUCAGAUCAUGGCUCAAGGGCAUCCAUGAGUGUAGAUGCAGAGAAAGAGAGUGAUGCGGGCUUAGAAAGAGAUAUGCGAAACGCGGGCAUACGCUCAUUCACGGAUAGAAUCCUCGAGCAGUUUGUACCACGUGUCUUCGUCAGCAAAGACCAGAACACCAACAGCACACAAAAGCAAGGCACAUCGGAAGUUGGGACUCAUCAUUACACAGGAGAAACAGUCGACACGGAAGAGAGAACUAUGGGAGGUGAAAUAUUUACACAGCUGUUCUUGUGGGCGGUUUUAACUAACAGGAACAUCGUGGCUCGACAUUUUUGGACUCGAGGACAGGACCUUGUUGUGUCUGCCCUGAUAGCCGGUACCAUUAUGGAGAGCAUUGCAGACAAAACGUAUAAUAGCAGGAAGAAAGCGAUACGAAAGGAAAAUGCAAGCUUCUACCGAUCACUGACAGUCGGGACAAUGGAUGCGUGUUAUUGGGACCACAAGAAGACGACGGUGAAGCUUAUCGAUAAACGAAUCAAAGACAACUCUUGGGGUGUUGAUUUUCUAGCCCUGGCCUUCGAAAGUAAAAACUCGAGUAUAUUCAACAGUGAAGGCAUGGUGUUCUACACCUUAUCAAAAUGGUAUGGCGACAUCCCCAAAUCUACAUCUAUGCUGAAGGUGGGUUUAACUUAUAGUGCCGAUAAUCGGGAGCUUCUUUGA